AUGGUGCUCCUCUCAUCGUCACAAGUCUCCGUCCUCCUCUCCACCGCCAUCGGUAACACCCGCCCCGUUCCCGCAUUCCAGUCCCGUCCACGAGUGAGCAAACGGCUAACCUCUCAACGCGUCACGCCUCUGUUCCUCAGCGGCUAUGUGAUCCAGCAACGCACGCUGAACCAGCUGCGGGAAGCCAUCAAGCCAGACUAUGACCCGCGACCGUCACCCAAGACCUCGUACACCGUGCCUGAGCACCUCAAAAAUACACCCGGCAACGCCCUGUACGAAGGCGGAAAGCAGGACCAGAUCAUCAUCGAGGUAAACCCCUCGGUGCCCGAGCAGCAGCAGCAGCAACGCCCGAAGAAGCUCGCCGGACAGAACCAGCAGGGCUGGACGUCGGACCUGUGGAAGAAGAUGGUCUCCUCGUCUGAGAAGGACGAGCCGGGCGUGAGCAAGGAAGACCUGGAGAAGAUGGACGAGCGGGAGAGGAACAUCAAGGGGUGGAAGGUCAAGGACCAGAAGCACCCCGACCCCGACGCCGCCAGCGAGAAGCCCAUCAGCCGAGCGGAGAGGAGGAGGCUGAUCAAGGAGGAGAUCAAGCGCUUGUCGCAGGGCGAGGAGCCGGUCUACUACCAGCGACGACUAUGGUGA